AUGUAUGCCUGCUCCUUAAUCAGGAGCACCUCUCAGCUGCUGACCGGUCCCCUCUCUGCAGUGCAGUUGAAGCGACUACAGAUGCCAACAAAUCAGGGCCAGAGCAGCUUGGCAGUCCAGCGGCUUCUGACCUCACUCAUCUAUAGCCGCAGCUUCCAAACCGCCACGGUUUCAAGGGACAUCGACACAGCUGCCAAGUUCACUGGGACCAGGGCUGCUACAGUGGGGGUGGCAGGCUCUGGGGCUGGGAUUGGGACUGUUUGGGGGAGCCUCAUCACUGGCUAUGCCAGGAGCCCUUCCUUGAAACAACAGCUCUUCUCCUAUGCGAUGCUGGGCUUUGCCCUCUCAGGGGCCAUAGGGCUCUUUUGCCUAACGGUGGCCUUUCUCAUCCUCUUUGCCAUGUGA